UAUUAUUUUCUGACCUAAUAAUAAUGGAGAUGAUGAAAUCAGCUGAUGAAGAACAGCAACAUCAUUUUCAUGUAUUGGAAGUGGAUGAUAGUGUUCUUGACAGGAAGCUUUUAGAGAGACUGCUAAGAGUUUCUUCUUAUCAAGUAACUUUUGUGGAGUCUGGAGAUAAAGAUUUAGAAUAUCUUGGAUUGCUUGAUAAACUAGAAGAUAAUGAACCUAUUUCUGCUCCAUCAUCACCAUCUUCCUCUUCUUUCAAUAUUUCUCAACCAACACAACAAGAGGGAAUGAAAGUGAAUUUGAUCAUGACAGACUACUGUAUGCCCGGAAUGAGCGGCUAUGACUUACUCAAAAGAGUCAAGGGUUCGUUUUGGAAGGAUGUCCCAGUUGUGGUUAUGUCAUCUGAAAAUAUACCUUUUAGAAUUUCCAUGUGCUUGGAAGGAGGAGCUGAGGAAUUCUUCUUGAAAUCACUUCGAUUAUCAGAUGUGGAGAAGCUGCAGCCUCAUCUUCUAAAAACACAGCCUGAUGAUGAUACCAUUAAUGGAAGCAACACUAAGGAAAAUAAUAUUAGCAAGAGAAAGGCUAUAUCUCCUGAACCUCCUCAGAGAAGACCUAAAAAAUAAAAGGGU